UUUCCUAACUGUUCUACUCAUUUCCCACAGCUCGAGCACAGAAGCACCAUGCUCAGGUUCUGCAUAGCUCUCUGUGUCCUGGCCACAUGCUGGGCGCAGGACUGUCUGGUCAGCAACAUCACCGUCAAACAGGACUUUGACAGGACGAGGUAUCAAGGAACAUGGUAUGCCGUGGCCAAGAAAGACCCUGUUGGUCUUUUCCUUCUCGAUAAUAUUGUUGCCAGUUUCAAAGUGGAGGACGAUGGAACCAUGACAGCCACCGCUAUUGGCAGAGUCAUCAUUCUCAACAACUGGGAGAUGUGCGCCAACAUGUUUGGCACAUUUGAAGAUACCGAAGACCCCGCCAGGUUCAAGAUGAAAUACUGGGGAGCCGCUGCAUAUCUCCAGACUGGACAUGACGACCACUGGAUCAUUGACACCGACUACGAUAACUACGCCAUCCACUACUCCUGCAGAGAGCUGGAUGAGGACGGAACCUGCCUGGAUGGUUAUUCCUUCAUAUUCUCCCGACACCCUGACGGCCUCAGGCCUGAAGACCAGAAGAUUGUGACGGAGAAGAAACAGGAGAUCUGCUUCCUGGGCAAAUACAGACGCGUUACACACUCUGGUUUCUGUGAGGCUGCCUAAAUGACCACUGCUCAAAAGAGCUUCUGAGGAUGUAAUCUGUUAUAUAUUUCAAGCUGAUAUGUAAAUUAUUAAGCAUAUUACUUAAUAAAAGAGAAUGGAUAAUAACUUUGCACAAAGCAAAA